CAUUAUCUCAGACUUACAAAAUCAUAGUCUUCUUCUACUAUAUAUAUCAUGUCGGCUCUUGUGUGGCUGUUGGUUUUCCUUUCUUUGCAUGUGUGCAAUGCCCGCCAUCAUCUUGUCCAUAGAGAGAAAAUUGGGAAUGAAUUAUACAAUCAUAAUAAGGAUAGUAAGGCACCAUGCAUGGAACUAGACAAGCUCUUCAAAUUAGGAAAGAAGACUAAAGCCUCAUCUUCACUAGAGAUCAUUCCAGAAUUGACAAUCAUAAGUUUAAAAGAGAAAUGCAACAUUAUAGUUAGAAGGAAACUUGGAUUAGAGCUUGAGGAAGGCAAGAAAAGUGCAAACUCUAUGGAAGAACAAGAAGAAGAUAUCGAUGUUAUGGAUUAUACGCAGCCUCAUAGAAAACCACCUAUUCAUAAUAAAGAGACCCUUAAUUAAUUUUCAUGAAUAUUUUGUUUUGUAUGAAUAUGAAAUAAGAAAACAUUGAUUAAUAGA